AUGGCCAGCCAGAUGCUGCCUGACUAUUUAUGCUCCUUCGAAUUAAAUGUAUAUAAUAUUAUGAUAUUACAAGGAAAGCGCAAUCAAAUGAUUCGAUGCCCCUUAGCUUCAUCAUUUCUAAGCAAAAGCACGAUGCAAACCCGUAUCUAA